UCCCACCAAAUCUAAACCAAGAAAGGAAAGAAUCCCAGACAGGGGAAGAAAACCACAUCUCAAAGUCUUAGAACAAUGGAGAAGUUGGCCAAAUUUGGUAAGAAGUUGAAGCAAAUGAUGAGGUUCUUCACCAAGAGCUGUGAGCAAAAUGAUGCAGUUAGCUCGUCGUUGUUGUCGUCGUCACCUCCUCGAGCUGUUCGUUGCGAGGAGUUGUUCGUAUCGAAAAGAGGGAAACAUAGUAAUGAUGGAAGAGAUGGUCAUGAUCCAUUUCUAGCUGCUCUUGUUGCAGCUCAGAAUCACUUCAGUCUAAGACCAAACAUUUACAUUUGACAUAUAUAUAAACGAAAUGAAAUGAAAUGCUCUGG